AUGUCGUUCGCCGGCGGCGCGGGCGCGUUCCCGUUCCCGCCGAACAACGGCGGCGGGAAAAACCUGGGGCGAUCCCCGGGAAAGAUCAAGCCCGGGGACCCGUCCUCGAACGGCCAGCGGGGAUCGCGCGCGUCGCGCUCGCUGAGGUUCGAGACGGGCAACGCCUCGGGACAAGAUCGCGUUCCGGGCGGCCGAUACAAGCUCGACCCGGUGGAGUCCCUGCGGUCGUUCAGGGAGCCCGGCGCGUCCACCUCGAACCCGAUGGCCGGGCAGAGGGCGUUCGACAAGCUCGGGAUGAGCCUCAAGGGCGCGAGCGACGCGCCGGCGGGUGGGAGGACGCCCGCCGCGGAGAUUUCGAAAGCGCCCGCGGCGAACUGGCCGUUCAAGGCGCCCGUCGCGUCGUCGGGGCCGCCGCCGCGAGCGGGGAACAUCCAGAACAGCCCUGCGCCGCGGCUCGCGAACACGUUCUCGCAGUACAAGCCGGCGCCGAACGAGUACCGGCCGGUCGGGCGGUGGCCGUAUAAUUACGCGAGCGCGCUGCGCGCGGAUGUCCCCGGGCCGACGCCGACGGCGAAUGCGGCGGCGCGCGGCGGGUUCGACGCCGCCGCCGCGAGCAAGCUGAACCCGUUCACGAUCCGCAACGGGCGAGCGCCGCCGACGGGCGGGGGCGGACCGGUCGCGGUGCGCGGUGGUAGCGCGCGCGCGAACGCGGGGCCGGUGAGCAACGCGCUGCAACAGCGGUUGUAUAACCUGGCGACUGGGCGCGGCGGAAGUACAGCUGGCGCGACGGCGGCGCGGGGGACGGGUGGUGGCGCGCGGCAGCCGGGGGCGUCCGCGGCGCGGUUGCGCGCGGACGCGAUGCGCGGCGCGAAGAUGUCGGGGAACCAGAGGGCGGCGACGAACGCGGCCGCGGGAGGCGGCGGCGGCGGCGCCGCCGCGGGGCGGACGGCGGCGCCGAGCCGAGGGGGCGGGUCGAUGAAAAUAAAGGGGAAGGCGCCCUCGAGCGCGAGGCGUCCGUCCAUCGUGGACGCGAAGAACUUGGAGUACUCCCCCGGGAUCGCGCCCGUGGUGUUACUCGCCGCGGCGCCGGCGUUGUACUACGGCGCGAAGAGCCGUCAGCCGCUCGCGGUGCGCGCGAAGCCUGCGUCCAAGAAGAAGAUGAAGAAACAAAAGGAAAAAGAAGCCGCCGCCGCCGCCGCCGCCGCCGCCGCGCCGGCGCGGCGGAAGAACCCGAAAGACCCGAAGGACGACGACGGCACCGCGGGGGUGAUGUCCGCGGUCGGCGGUCUGUUCACCGUCCUCGGCGGCGCCGCGGCGUUGGAGUACUACCGCGGCGAGCAGCGCGCGGCGAGGGAACGCGCGCGGAGAGCGGCGGAGGCGGAAGCCAUCUCCGACGAUCAGUGCACGUCGCCGUUCCCGAUCAAGCCGAAGAAAGGCGGCCCAGCAGCGCCGAAAGCGACUGGUGCGACCGCGGCGGCGCCAGAAGGACCCCCUCGGGACGCGAAGGGCAUGAUGUCGCCGACGACGGCGACGGUGGCGGAGAUCAAAGGCGAGGUUGCGUCGCUCGAGAUUCAAGAGCGGUCGUUGCAGUCCCCGGUCGAGACGACGGCGCGGCAGCGGGAGAAAGCGCGCGAGAAGGAGCUCGAACGGCGGUACAAGGAGAAGAAGAAGGAGUACAAGAAGGAGAUGGACGACCCCGCGGAGGCCAAGGCGAAGGCGAGGGAGGACAAGGCGCGCAUGGAGGAGGAGCUCGCCGCGGACGUGGAGCGUCGGCGAACGGAGGCGAGAGAGGCGCGGGAGAAGGUCAAGUUUGAGAUCGCGGAGAAGGAGAAGCAGAUCGCGAAGGCGCAGUCGGCGAAGGAAGCGCGGGGCGGCGGCGGUUUGGGCGGCGGCGCGGACGCGAAGCUCGACAAGUCGAAGUCGACGCGGUGA